GAUCUUUUCUUUUCUUUUAAAUGGAAUAAUUUCUUACAUACUGUGGUAUAUGACAUGAUUGCACAAAUAUUCAAUGGACGAAUGGACAUCGGAUAUAAUAAAGCCUUGGCUAUUUCAGUUUUUACAGAUGGCCAACUUAUCAAACGUAUCACAAAAGCACAAAGAUUAAAUGACUAUGAAGUUGAACAGCCAAAAGGUGUGAGAUUAGGUUAUAUGGGCCAUUUAACUUUUAUUGCAGAAGAAGUUGUAAAAUUACUUGAUCGAUAUGCAGUGGAAAUUGGCGAGAAAGCAGAAGAUUGGCAGGAGUAUGUAUCCAAAACAUUACGAGAGACGAGAGAGCGAGACAGAGCCCCGUUAGGUGGGCAACGUCCAAGCAAUCAUGAUAGUAUGUCACCCAGUCGUGAAGAAAGCGACGACGACGAUGAUGAUGAUACUAGCGAAGCUGUUGCAGACGGUGAUAUGGCCAGUGAUCAGUUUGCAAGGUAUUUGUGCCAGCAAAUUACAAACGAUUUACCCGAUAAAUUUGGAUCGUCUGAUGAAAGUGAUGACGACGAAGAAGAAGGGUGGAUGGGUGAUGAUUUCGACAGGGACGUCGAUUUCGAAAUGCGUGGCCCAUUCUCAAAUCCUAAUAUGAUUGAGAGUGAUCAUUUCGAAAAUCGACGGUCCUCGUUGGGUGACGAUUUUGGAGCGGAUAGUGAUGAAGAU